UUCCAACUGCAGUUGCCCUGCUUGGGCCCUAGUUUGUUGGCGUGCCAUGGCGAUGCAAGGCUUCGUGGUGCCCAUUGCGACCCGUGUGGUGCAGCCGGCACCAGGGCUUCCACUUCAGGUACCUCGCCUUUCGGUGGCGCCUAGAGGGUCCCGCCACAGCGCCACAGUGCCCUUGCUGGCGGCGGGGGUCAUCGGCCUGGUUCAGGCCAACAGCUCCAGACGCCGUGCCGUGCGCGGUCCCUCGCGCGGGCGGCUCCAUGCGCUGCCGGCCACCGUGCCGCCAGCGGCCGCCAGUAGCGUCAUCGUCAUGCCAGAUGCUGACGCAGUGGCUUCCAACUUGUGCAAGCAGGUGGCGAAAGCCUGCAAAGACGCGGUGGCAGAGCGGGGGGCCUUUGCUCUGGCCAUUCCGGGCUGCUCCAUUUUGAAGAUGUUGGCCGGCGGCACUGCGGAGUUGGAAGGGAUCGAGUGGGACAAGGGCGUCAUGGCAUACGUCAACCACAAGUGCGUCAGCAACGACGAUGCGGCCGCCACACACAAGAAGGCCAUGGAUUUGUUCCUCUCAGGCUGGCCCGGUUUGAAGGUCAUCACCAUGGGCGGCUCCGGGGAGGGCGAGGCGGAAGCUCAGCGCUACGAGGCCGAGCUCAAAGCCCUGCCGGAGACCACGCUGCCGCGGACAGAUGGGAUGCCCGUUUUUGACAUUUGUCUCAUCGGUGUGGGAGAUGAUGGACACUUUGGGUCACUGUACCCGGGGCGCCAGGAGAUUGCAGAUGAAUCCGGUCGCUGGGUUCUGCCAGUCGAUAUGAAAUCUCCGCCCAGCAUCACUUUGUCGCCCAAAGCGAUGAUGGCGGCUAAGACGGUGCUGGUCGCUUCGGCGGGCGUCUCGGAGAAGUAUCCCAUGGGCAAGUCAGAGGCCAUGAAGACGGCCAUCGAAGGCAUGGAAGGGCCACAGGCUUUUCCAGCACAGGUGUUGAGAUCCACAGCAACGUGGCUGCUGGAUGAGGCCGCAGCCUCCAAGCUGAGCCCUGAGUAUCGAAGCUGACAAGCGGAUGAUGAAAGAUGUGCUCCUCAGAUAUUGAAACCCGAUUUUCAAAAUGUUUAAGACUUGGGAGAUCCACCGGUUUUGGAAACCCUGGAUUUGAGCAAACUAGUGCGGAUCAUCAUGUUUGGAUUUCAUUUUUCCACGCUGUUGCGGGGCAUCCGCGGCAUUUGGCGAGCGGAUCCGUCAAUUGAUUUUAUCGAUUUUUAAAAUAGCGAUAAGAAUAGAAAAACUAAGUCUGCAUGCAGCAAAACAAGGCCGAGGGAAUCAUGUCAAUGUCG